GGCUAUUUUUCAAAAUUUCUCAAAAGCAGUUCAUCACCAUCUUUAUACGCCUUUCUGUUGCGCAAUGUAAACCCUGAAUCAGGGUUCAUAACUUCAAACAAAUAUAACGGUCACCCCGUCCCUUUGCGGCCAAAAUCAGAAAACCCUAAACCAAAUAUUUGUCAAAUGAACAAGCUUCUCAUAGCCGGCCAUGGUUCUCUCUAUCCUCUCCUCAGAACCCACCUCAAAGCACCAAAAUUUUUAGCCCCCAUUUCCCAAUUUCACAGCCUCAGAGAAACCCUAGCUCCCAAUCCGAAGCUCGACUUCAUAGUCAACGAAGUUAGAGAGAUUCAAUCGUCGAAGGACUCAAAACCCACAAACAUAAUCACCCAAUUGGCGCCGGACGUUGGUGAACCCCCCGAGCAGGGCGGCUCGACCAGUGGGGAAUGUUGUGCGGUUCAGAUUUCGCAUCCGUGGCGGGAGUGGGUGGACCUGAUGGAGUGCUUGUUGAAAAGAGGAUACUUUGAUGGCGACGAGAACCCGUUUCGGAACGGUGAAGUGGGUCCGAAGGAAUCGAACCGUAUUCGAACCGCUUGUCUGAAUUUUGCUCGGGACCGGUCUAGUCUUUUAAGGAUGUUGUCAAGGAAAGAUAUCCAGAUCAUUGCCCGAUGUGGAUGCCCGAGCCUCGAUAGGAAAGUCAUCAACUCAGGAAAGCGUCUAAGGGCGUAUGUGGGUGUUGAUGAAGGAGAUGUUUGCAGCUCCUGCAAUUUGAGAGGAGACUGUGAGAGAGCGUACGUGAAGGCACGGGAAGAUGAAGGUGGGCGCACAGUGGAUGUCAUGCGUUUCUUGUUAACGUAUGGGCUUGAUCCCACUACUGGUACAGUGGAGAACAAGCCAUGUCUAAACAAAAUGGUCAAAGACUCAGUGAGACGGCUACUGAAACAGAUGGUAGGGGAGAGCACUCAGAACAUCGACUCCAAUCCCCCAAAGAGUACAAGUACAACCAUAAAGAGGGUUGCUUCGGUGUCGGACCAUUCAAUUCCACAAGAAAAGGGCCAAAUAAAUGUUCCAAUGAAGCCAGGCGACUGGCUUUGCCCCAAAUGCAACUUCCUAAACUUUGCUAGAAAUCUCAAGUGCCUUCGUUGCGAUGAUUUUUCCCAAGAAAGACUGACACGUCUAAGAGAGGAACAAGAUCAUCUUCCGUUGAAGAAGGGGGACUGGAUAUGUGACAAAUGCAGUUUCUUAAAUUUUGCGAAGAACGGUAGAUGCUUACAAUGCAAAGAGAAGCCUCCAAAGCGGCAGAUAAAUCCCGGGGAGUGGGAGUGCGACUCGUGCAAUUAUAUCAACUUUAAGAGAAACAUGGUGUGCUUAAAAUGCGAUCAUAAAAGGCCUAAGGCAGCACAUUCUUCAGAGGCUUCUGCUGAACCCGUACACGACGACGGAAGCUACCCUAGGACUAAGAGUUUGAGUUCUCCUCACACUACUGAGACGAGUCAAUAUGGACGAAGUCGAACUAGAGGUGCAGACAAGUGGAGAUUUGUAAACGAAGAAGAAGACGACUGCAAUCGCUCGAACGCAUGGAAUGAGGCUUCCGGGUUGGUAGAUUUUCCCAUCGCAGGAGGUAAGACCGAAUUGUCUCAGAAUCCGAAAAAAAGGGACUUGUGGAAGUUGAAGAUGUUAGAGAGGAGCAAAAGCGCCUUGACGAAUAAGGCAAACAUUAACGAAUCCAGUGUCAAUAUUCCAAAACGAUUGGAGCUUUCUGAUUCCACCGACGAUGAAGAAAUGUCAGAGUGGUUUGGGGAUGGGAAACUGGAAACACCAAGGCUCCCAUCAGUAGGUCAGAAAUCGUUUGGGUUAGAUGUGCAGAAGAAUAACAAUACACCCUCAGUUCAAGGAAUACUCGACUCGGACCCUCCUCCUCCUCUAUUCUUCUUCCUGCUUUUUAUCCUUUUUUCCUCCUCCAUGCGCGACUUUGCCCUCGGCGAACCCCGGACUCUGCAAAAUUCAACCCCCAUAAAAAUGGGAACCGAAGGAUCAAGCGUUGUCGUUCCCAGGAAUUUCAGAUUACUGGAAGAGCUUGAGAGGGGUGAAAAGGGAAUUGGGGAUGGCACUGUUAGCUAUGGAAUGGAUGAUGCUGAUGAUGUUUAUAUGCAGUCAUGGACAGGGACAAUUAUCGGGCCCCCAAAUACUGUGCAUGAAGGGCGCAUUUACCAAUUGAAACUGUUCUGUGGGAAGGAUUAUCCAGAUAAUCCGCCAACUGUUAGGUUCCAAACACGGAUAAACAUGACCUGUGUCAAUCAUGAUUCUGGAGUGGUUGAACCCAGUCUUUUCCCCAUGCUUGCCAAUUGGCAAAGGGAAUAUACGAUGGAGGACGUAUUGACACAAUUGAAGAAAGAGAUGAUGUCGCCACAGAACCGAAGGCUAGCUCAGCCACCCGAAGGGAAUGAAGAGGGAAGGGUCGAUCAAAAAGGGCUUGUGGUGAAAUGUUGCAUUAUCUAAGAAUUGGGCGGACGGCUCUUUAGCUUUACGAGGAUGAUAUAUUUGGCUGGCUGUUCCGUAGAUUUUCUGUCGCGAAAACACUUGAAACCACUCCAAAUACCGAGUUUGUUAAGCGCGUAAAUGAUAUGUAAUUAUAUGAAUCGAUGGAUUACGAAGUACCGAUUCUUCAAUACCUUUUGUUUUCCAUCUCAUGUCUGAAGCCCUGUAGUUUGAAUUCGAAUUCUAAUCAAGACUGAUGUUUGUUAUGGAUGAAGAUCAAUAUUUGGUACAGCA